UUGAAAACCCUAAAUACUUUUUGUUGAAUGUUAGGGUUUGACCGGUUUGUGAUUGCGAGGACCCGUCACUAAUCAAGAAUCCGAAUUCCAAUUUCAAAACCAUCAACGAAGAAGAACAGAACCUCUGUCUCUGCUUUAUUGGUAUUCUCUUCAUCUUUCCACCUUUAUAUUCUUUCUUUCCUUUUUCCCCAAAAUUCAUGACGGCUUAUUCCCCUAAUCUUACUGCACGCGCAGGGUUUUAUUUUCAUGUACUAAUACCAUGAAGAGGACACUGCCAUGGAGUGAUGAUGAUGAAGGUGAUGACUCAUCGAAUGAUGAGUCGUCAUCUUUACAUUCAGAUUCUGAAGGUGAUAGUCAAACUGGAGGGAAAAAAUCCAAAGGUAAACCUACGAAGAAGAAAGGUGCUCCAAUUGACUUUGAAGCUCUCAAGCGAUACGGGUAUAAAGGCGGGCCUUCUGUCUUAAGGGUACCUCCACCCAAAGAAGGUGACACAAAGCAAGAUUGGUCUUGGUCCAGUGGAAAAGAAAAGCGUGUCGUCAAGGAAGUUGAAGAAACAUAUGAAGAGCGGAAGAAAACAAGAGAGGCUCUUUCUGUAGGAGAGCAGCUGCCAACUGUUCUGACUAGGAAUGAAAAGAAGAAUCUUUCCUUUUCACAGAAGGAAAAGAGGAAAAGGGAGCUUGGUCAAGCAAGCAGGGGGAAGAAUUAUGUUGAAGAAGAGAAAAGGCAGUUGAGGGAGAAUGGAGUAUAUUCCGGUUUUGAUGCUUGAUAUGCUGAGGCUAGAAUCUACUGCAUCUUGUAUAAAGGUUACUAUGAUACUGUCCAGGGUCAUUUUGUACUGUAAUGAUUUGGUUUAGCUCAUGUCUCUACUAUAAUCUCAUGGUAAGGCGAAACCAUUUUAGAUGAUAAAUGACUGAGGCUGGUACCCCUUUUAAGGAUAGCCAAAAUUGAACAUCACAACAUUUUCGUUCA